UUUUAUUUUAUUGAUUAUACGGGUAUGUUGGUUGAGAUUUUUUUGCCUUUCUAUUUUUUGACUGAGAUACCUUUAAUUUUUUGUUUUGAUUAUAUUUCUUUUUUCUUUUUUUCUGCAGUUUCUCUUAUUUCUUGUGUUGUUUUUCUUUAUAGUGGGUUUUACAUGUCAGAUUUAGUUGAUUCUUUUUUUUUCUAUCUUAAUUCUCGGUUUUUUUAUCUUUUGUUUUUUUUUGUUGUUUCUAUACUAUUUUUGGUUUUUUCUGGUUCUUGGGUAGUUGUUAUACUUGGUUGGGAUGGUUUGGGUCUUGUUUCUUUUCUUUUGGUUAUCUUUUAUAACAGCGGACCAAGUCUUGACUCUGGUUUAAUUACUGUUUUUACUAAUCGUUUGGGGGAUUGUUUUUUUAUUUUAAGUUUUAUUUUUAUAUUCUUUGUAGGUUGGGUUACUAUCGAUUGUUUCAGUUAUUACUUAUGUACUUUUUUUUGUUUUAUUGUGACUUUAGGUUGUAUGACUAAAAGUGCUCAAAUUCCCUUUUCUUCUUGGCUUCCUGCUGCUAUGGCAGCCCCUACUCCUGUUUCCUCUUUGGUUCACUCUUCUACUUUAGUUACUGCUGGUGUUUAUUUAUUUAUUCGCUUUAAUUUUCUUCUUUCUUCUAUUUUUUUUAUUUUAAUCCCUGUUUCUAUCUUUACUAUGUUUUUAGCAGGGGCUUGUGCUGUUUAUGAAUUAGAUUUUAAAAAAGUAGUUGCUAUAUCUACUCUUAGUCAAUUGGGUUUUAUAAUUUUUUCUAUUUCUAGGGGUUACUGAUUGCUUGGUUUUAUCCAUAUGGUUUUUCAUGCUUUUUUUAAAAGUUCACUUUUUUUAACUACUGGUAAUCUUAUACAUUAUCUAUUGGGGGAUCAGGAUUCUCGUAAUUUUGGUUCUUUUGGUAUAUCGUAUAUUUCUAAGCUUAUUUUUUCUUUGAGUGUUCUUAGCUUAAUGGGAUUUCCUUUUACUUUAGGCUUUUAUUCAAAGGAUUCACUAUUGGGGGGGAUUUUAUUUUACUCAGGUUCUUUUAUUUCUGUUGUUUUUUUUUUGGCUUGUUGUUUUACUGUUGCUUAUAGUUUUCGUCUUAUUUAUAGAGGUUUUAUAGGUUUCCCCCCUUUUGUUUUAGGUAGUUUUUUCUCUGAGGAGAAGCUUUUUUAUGCGCCUAUACUUUUUUUAUAUAUUUGUUGUGUUUUUGUUGGUAAUUUUUUUUAUUUUUAUUUUCUUCCCCCUGUUUCUUUUUCUUUCUUAGAUUUUUUUUUUGGUGUAUUUAUUAUCUUUUUAGGUGGUUUUAUCUUUUUGUCUUCUUUUCACUUAUACUUUUUUUUUAAUCUCUUGUUAAGUAUCUCUUUUUUGUCUUUUUUGUCUUCUUCUUUCUCUUCUAGUUCUUUGUCUUCUUUUUAUUUUCGGGGUGAGUAUGACUGGGGGGAAGUUUAUGGUGGUGCCGGUCUCUCUACGGUAAUUUAUUUUUUUGGUGUAUAUGCCCAGCGGCUCUACACGUCUAAUUUUUCUCUCUUUCUGAUUAUUCUGGUUUUGUUUUAUGCCAUGUUAAUAUAGUUUUUA